UUGAAGAAGAUGAAUAAGUUUUUAAUAAAAUAGUAUUAUUAUCUGUUUAUUUUCGUAUUACUUAUUUUCUUCUAAAUUCGCUCUUGCAGUCUUGUGUCGCGAGUCGCAAUCCCAUUCGAUCUUGAAGUCUGCAACCGCCGGACACCGUCGAUCUACAACCGCCGGACGUCGACGUCAUUGCGGCUCUGUGUUCGAGCAUUCAAUUUCAUUGCUUUCACAUAUUGGCUAUCAAGGAUACUCAGAUAAACUUUCUUGCUAACUUUUAUGCAGGAAGUUCAAAAGGACAUGAUUUCCAUCAAUACAGCCUCCAUAUUGGGUUGAAAAUUGAGCAAAUUCUGUUUGAGUGUACAAAACCAGCCUUGUUGGGUUUCAGCAUUAAAUACAGCAUCUACAUUCCUUUUAUUUCUUCUAUCACUCCCAAAUUCUGGCAUGGGAAAAGAGAAACUAAGCUUCAAAGAAGUUCACCAUUCUCAUAGUCCCAAAACUACUCUAUGGUGGUUCUUUCUUGUAGCUACCUGCAUAAAAGUUCUCCUUUUCCCAUCCUAUCGUAGUACAGAUUUUGAAGUGCACCGCAACUGGCUGGCUUUGACUCACUCCCUCCCUCUUUCCCAGUGGUACUUUGAUGAGACAAGUCCAUGGACUCUUGAUUACCCACCAUUCUUUGCCUAUUUUGAACGAUUUCUAUCCAUUUUUGCUCACCUCAUUGAUCCCCAAAUAGUGCACCUUCAGAAUGGCCUUAAUUAUAGCUCCAACAAGGUGGUUUAUUUCCAAAGAGUUACUGUAAUACUUUCGGAUUUGUCUCUUCUUUAUGGGGUUUACAGACUUACUCGGAAUCUGGAUUCAAGAAAGCAGCAGUUGAUCUGGUCAUUGGUUAUUUGGUCACCUAUGCUUUUUAUAGUGGACCAUGUGCAUUUCCAGUACAAUGGAUUUCUCAUUGGGAUUUUGUUGAUCUCACUUUCAUAUUUGGAGGAAGGAAGGGAUUUGUUAGGUGGUUUUGUUUUUGCUGUUCUCUUGUGCUUUAAGCAUUUAUUUGCAGUGGCAGCACCCAUAUAUUUUGUUUAUUUGUUGAGACACUAUUGUUGGGGUGGAAUGGUAAGAGGCUUCAGGCGACUUUUGAUUAUGGGAGGAGUGGUUACAGCAGUGUUUGCAUCUGCAUUUGGACCAUUUUUCCACCUUGGACAGAUACAACAAGUCAUUCAACGGUUGUUUCCAUUUGGCAGGGGGCUUUGCCAUGCAUACUGGGCCCCAAAUUUUUGGGUAUUCUAUAUCAUGUCAGACAAAGGGCUUGCUUUCAUAUUCAGAAAACUUGGCUUUAACGUCCAGACACCAACAGGUUCAUUCACUGCUGGUCUAGUAGGGGAUUCCUCACCAUUUUCUGUACUACCUCAGAUCAAACCAUCUGUGACCUUCAUAAUGGUUCUUCUUGCCUUAUCUCCUUGCCUUUUCAAGGCUUGGAAGAAUCCACAGCCACAGAUGAUUAGUAGAUGGAUAGCCUAUGCUUAUACAUGUGGCUUUCUUUUUGGGUGGCAUGUACAUGAGAAGGCAUCACUCCAUUUUGUAAUACCACUUGCAAUUGUUGCGGCACAAACUCUGGAGGAUGCAAGACAUUACUUUUUGCUGUCAAUAGUAUCUUGCUAUUCAAUUUUUCCACUACUAUUUGAGGCACGAGAGUAUCCGAUCAAAGUAUUGUUGCUGCUUCUGCACUCCAUUUUAAUGUGGUCAGGAUUUUCAGCACAAUUUUAUGAUGGGGCUGAAGCUACAAGAGUGCCAACUGCUAAUUCAAAGAAAAAAGCUGAUCAAUUUGGAUCUGAAGGUAAUUCGGGUGCAACUGUGAAGAAAGGUUUUGCUAUUGGCUGGAUUGAGAGGAUUUAUCUGAUAGGUCUUGUAGUUGUAGAGAUAUGGGGCCAAAUUUUACACCCUCUACUUUUUGGUGAUAAGUUUGCAUUUGCACCCCUCAUGUUGAUCUCAAUAUACUGUGCUUUUGGGAUCAUGUACUCUUGGAUUUGGCAGUUGAUAUACAUAGUUAAAUGUCGUUGAAUUUUGGACUGUCUGCAGUUGAUAUUUGAUUUUCUUUUUAUGAAUUUUAUAUGCGGAAUUUGAAGAGUCAACAUUUGAUUUAAUUUUGUAGUUAAAUCAAGUCACUGUUUGACAUGAUCCCAAAACAAUUAUUAAUCCAUAGUUAAACAAUUAUUUGAUCU